AUGUUCAGAAACAACUACGACAACGAUUCCGUCACAUUCUCGCCCCAGGGCCGAAUAUUCCAGAUCGAAUAUGCCGCCGAGGCAGUGAAGCAAGGUUCGGUCGUUGUCGGAAUAGCCAGCAAGACCCAUGCCGUCCUGUGUGCGAUCAAGCGCAACGCUGAGGAGCUCUCCUCUUACCAGAAGAAGCUCUUUUCCAUCGAUGAACACGCUGGUAUCGCCAUCGCCGGUCUCACCUCUGACGCCCGCGUCCUCUCCAACUUCAUGAAGCAGCAGUGCCUCGGCCACCGACUCACCUACGGCCGCUCCAUCCCUCUCCGCUCUCUGGUCGACAUGAUUGGCGAGAAGGCCCAGAUCAACACCCAGGUCUACGGCAAGCGGCCAUACGGCGUCGGUCUGCUCGUCGCUGGUGUUGACGAGCGCGGCCCCCACCUGUUCGAGUUCCAGCCCUCGGGCAUGACGGAGGAGAUGCUCGCUUUCGCCAUUGGCGCACGAAGCCAGAUGGCGCGGACGUACCUGGAGCGAAAUAUCGAUGAGUUUGCCGACUGCUCGAGAGAGGAGCUUAUCCAGCACGGGCUCAAGGCCCUCAAGGAGAGUCUGGUGCAAGAUAAGGAGCUGACGGUGGACAACACCUCAGUCGGUGUGGUGGGCAUCAAGAUCGAGGGACCCAAGAAGACUGUUGAGCCCUUCAAGCUUUACGACGGAUUCGAGGUGCAGGAGUGGAUCGAGAGCGUCGCCGAAGGCCAAGGCGGCGGAGACGACGACGACGAGGGCAUGGAGGUGGACAGCUAG